AUGGCUGGACCUACACCUUCCGAGGCGGACAACCCGUUCCGCGACAACCAGGCGAUCGACGACGAAAAUGACAUCGCCGAGCCAGCAGCAGCAGCUGGCUUCAAGAAGUACCUCAUGUACUACACGGCAUCGCGGCUCGACGUGACGCUGCACUUGCACACCAAAUCCAGUCCCGCGAUGUAUUAUGUUCAGUCGAAAUUGACUUCCCUGAUGCUGCUACUCCGCCGCGGCGCCGAUACCCGCACAGCGCCGGUGGUCGCCUUCGCCAAAAUGCGCGCCAUGUCGCGCCACAUGCUGCUGGGCCGAGGCGACUAUGAGGCCCUGCAGGCCCGGUCCGCGACGGACCAAAUCGCGUGGGAGGAGCUGCGCCGCGAGAAGAGCCUUCUGCGACGUAGUGACUAUGUGUUCAACACGGCGGCGGCCGCAACGGCGUUCCGCUGGCGCAAGGACAGGAACGGGGCGCUGAAGACGGUUUACGAGUGCGUUGUUGACGACGGGGCUGAGGGCGGGAACGACGGCCGCGUCGUGGCGCGACUAUUCAGCGGCGGCGCGCUCAACUUUAAGAAGGGCGGCGAGAUUGAUGUCGCGGAGGGCUUGGAUACGGUGCUCGAAGAGAUGCUGCUGAUGAGCGCAUUGGCUAUCUGGGCGAUGGAGGCCUUGGACUACCAGAGCCUGCGGAAGGGGUAUGAUAGCAGUGGUAAGAAGAUCUAG